CUGGGGGUAGCGGCGGCGGGGGCAGGAUGAGCGCGGAGGCGGCGGACCGGGAGGCGGCCACUUCCAGCCGGCCCUGCACCCCGCCGCAGACCUGCUGGUUCGAGUUCCUGCUGGAGGAGUCGCUGCUGGAGAAGCAUCUGCGCAAGCCCUGCCCGGAUCCAGCACCAGUUCAACUUAUAGUUCAGUUUUUGGAACAGGCUUCCAAACCUUCAGUUAAUGAACAAAACCAAGUCCAACCUCCACCUGAUAACAAGAGAAAUCGUAUUUUAAAACUACUUGCUCUUAAAGUUGCUGCACAUUUGAAGUGGGACUUAGACAUAUUAGAGAAAAGGGCGAUUAGGACAAUUGUUCAAAGUAGUUUUCCUGUCAAACAGGCAAAACCUAGACCCCCUCAGUUAAAGACCACUGCCAUGGCUAUACUUCUCUACAAUAGAUGGGCGAUUAGGACAAUUGUUCAAAGUAGUUUUCCUGUCAAACAGGCAAAACCUGGACCCCCUCAGUUAAGUGUUAUGAAUCAGAUGCAACAGGAAAAAGAGCUAACAGAAAACAUUUUGAAAGUGCUAAAAGAACAAGCUGCUGAUUCUAUUUUGGUACUAGAGGCAGCUCUAAAAUUAAACAAGGAUCUUUAUAUCCACACGAUAAGAACUCUAGAUUUAUUGGCCAUGGAACCAGGAAUGGUAAAUGGAGAAGCUGAGAGUUCUACUGCUGGAUUGAAAAUCAAAACUGAGGAAAUGCAGUGCCAGGUGUGUUAUGAUUUGGGUGCAGCAUACUUCCAGCAAGGCUCCACAAAUUCAGCUGUCUAUGAAAAUGCCAGAGAAAAAUUUUUUAGAACCAAAGAACUAAUUGCAGAGAUAGGUUCAUUAUCUCUUCAUUGUACCAUAGAUGAGAAGCGGUUAGCUGGCUAUUGUCAAGCAUGUGAUGUUCUUGUACCUUCUUCUGAUAGUACAUCUCAACAAUUGACUCCAUAUAGUCAAGUCCAUAUUUGUUUGCGAUCUGGCAGCUAUCAGGAGGUAAUACAGAUUUUCAUUGACGAUAACUUAACCUUCAGUUUACCUGUCCAGUUCCGGCAAUCAGUACUAAGAGAACUCUUUCAGAAAGCUCAACAGGGAAAUGAAGCUCUAGAUGAAAUCUGUUUUAAAGUCUGUGCCUGUAAUACAGUCCGUGAUGUAUUGGAAGGUAGAACAAUUAGUGUUCAAUUUAACCAGCUAUUUCUUAGACCUAAUAAAGAGAAAAUAGACUUUCUUCUUGAGGUGUGUGCGAGAUCAAUAAAUUUAGAAAAAGCUUCAGAGUCUUUGAAAGGAAAUAUGGCUGCUUUUCUAAACCACAUGAAACUUUAGGUUUNAGAUCUACAGUAUGUUUUCAUGAUUUCUUCACAUGAGCUUUUCAUUACAUUGUUGAAAGAUGAAGAACGAAAGCUACUUGUUGAUCAGAUGAGGAAGAGAUCCCCUAGAGUAAAUCUGUGCAUUAAGCCUGUAACUUCAUUUUAUGAUAUCCCAG